GAUUCUCGCCGUCAAUCGUCAUAUCGGUCCGCAACCGCGCCUCGAUCAGAGUCCAAAGGCCAAACCAGAGAGAGAUUGAGAUCGAUAGCAGAGUUUCGAGAGAGAGGAAUGGCGGAGGAGGAAGUGAAGCUGGGCUCAUCGAAGCCGAUGAUCGCAACGCAGCAGGAGAUGAUGGAUAAUCGGGUGCCUAUCUCCUACCGCGACCAGUGCGCCCACCUCCUUAUACCCCUCAAUAAGUGCCGCUCCGCGGAGUUCUUCCUGCCGUGGAAGUGCGAGGCCGAGCGCCACACCUACGAGAAGUGCGAGUACGAGCUCGUCAUGGAGCGCAUGCUCCAGAUGCAGAAGAUCCGCGAAUUGGAAGAGAAGAAGAAGAAGGCGAAGCAGGUCCAGGGCGCCGCCGCAGGCAUCCCGCUCAUCCCCUCCUCCGCCAACGCCUGAUCCUCUUCUCCGUUCGCCUUUCCCCUUUCUGAUGGAGAUCAGGAUCCACAAAAGGGAUUCAUGUCGACAACGUCCAAGAACUGAAGUCGUGUUUGUUUCAUCAAACUGUGUUGGACUUGUGCUGACUUUAUCAUGCUUCCUCAUAUUGUGCAUCUUCAUUUUAAGUUGAAAUAAGGAAUUCCUUGACCUACCUUAUGGCAACUUAUUUUUUGAAUCAAUAAAAGAUACAACCUUGGUACAA